AUGCCCUCCACUUGGUUCUUUGGUUCCUUGUUGUUACAUGUGGUAGUUGUGCUUUUUUUUCUAACCAAUUCUAUCUCUCUCUCUCUGUUUGCUCUCUCUAGCCAAUUCUCUCUCUGUGUUUGUUCUUCUCUCUCUAACCAAUUCUCUCUCUCUUCUCUCUCUCUCUCUCUCUCUCUCUCUCUCUCUCUCUCUCUCUCUCUCUCUCUCUCUCUCUCUCUCUCUCUCUCUCUCUCUCUCUCUCUCUCUCUCUCUCUCUCUCUCUCUCUCUCUAAACUAACUGAGACAAACAGAGCGGUCAGAAAGAGGCGUUACCGAGAGCCGAGUAGCCAACAGGGAAUACGAGAGAGAGAGUGUGUAUCCUCGACCGCCGUCAUGUGCUUCUUCUCCGGUGACCCCGUGGAUGAGGAUCCCUACAACUCCUUCCAAGCCCGCGAAUGGGAGACGGGCAUGAUGCGCGCCUGCUGCAACAACCCCGGUGGUUGCUGUGGUGCCAUGCUCUGCCCCUGCUGCUGCGCCAUCUACCUUCGCUACCUCGCGCUCAACAAGGACUGGUCCAAGUACAGCUGCUGCCAGGGCUUUUGCUGCAACAAGUGCAUGCAAUACGUGCCUGGCCAAGAGUCUUGCCCUCAGCUUUGCAUGUGCUUGGAGGCUACUUGCUGCGAGAGCUGCGCCAUCUCGGCCACCCGCAUCUAUGUGCAAGUCGAGCGCCAAAUCAAGACGGAUCCCUGCGAUAACCGCAUUAUCCGCUUCAACAACUUUAUGCAGUUUCUCAAGUGCAUCUGCCAUAUUGCCGCCAUGAUCGACUCGACGUUCGAUACCAUUGCCGACAUUGUCGAUUUGAUCGCUGACAUUGUGUACUGCCUCACCCAGGCCUGUAUGCAGGCCCAGACCCAUCACGAGCUCAAGCUUCACCCCACCGUCAAUGACUAUGGGGGCAAGAUGGGUCACCAUCAUGCCGAGUCGGGUGCUGGCGGCGGCUACCCGGCGAUUCAGGCUGGUCAGCCCAAGCCCGCGCCCCAGGGCCACGGUGCUCCCCCCCAAGGCUACGGCCAGCAGGGCGGCUACCCGCAGCAGGGCGGUUACCCGCAGCAGGGCGGUUACCCGCAGCAGGGCGGUUACCCGCAGCAGGGCGGCUACCCACAACAAGGCGGAUACCCACAACAGGGUGGCUACCCGCAGCAGCAGCAGCCUUAUGCUCAAGCUCCCCCGGGUUACCCCAGCGGCUAUCCCCCACGCUAAGGCCUAUCUCACGGGCGAUCCACAAUGUCCAAGAUGCCAGUUGUUCGUCCAAGGCUUCUGCCUGCACUAACUUGGUCGCUAUGUCGUCUAGGCCGUCUGUUGGACGUGCCACUCUGGUUUGUGCUGUCCUGUUGCAACGCCCCCGAGAUGGCGUUGUCUGUUUCCCCCUCGUGUUCUCGUCCCUGGGACUUCUGUGAUGUCAAUCCUAUCGUAUAUUUGC